CAAAUAGGUAGCUAGAAAACAGCAAGCAAUUAUACGUCUGUCUUUCCGCCGGCCAGUAUACUACCAUUUAUCCAUCACCCUGCACCUCUCUUGGUCGUCUCCAUCUCGCCUUCUUUCUCAUCUUCAGCAGCACCCUUACCCUGUUGCUGCACACCGUCCACAGUGCCCUCAGCAGGGAGGGCCACACCGUCCACGGCAGGCAGAGAGGGGAAGGGCACCACACGAUGGCGUGGCUUCCUCUCCUGCCCUCUCCCACCUGCACCAUCACCAGUAGCAGCAUCGGAUCCAGUGGCCUCUCUCUCCUUGUCUGCCCGCCGCCGCUUGUGUCCGCUGCUAUACAGCUCCUGCUGCUGGCCCUCUGACAUUCCUGAAAUGGGGCGCAUCGGCGUCUCGGGAAACAGACCGGUGCGCAUUGGGGUGGGCUGUGGCUCUGCCAUGGCUGCUGGGUGGUCGUCUGAGGGGAGGCUUUGUGUGCGUUUGGAUGGCGUAAGGAGGUCGGUGAAGAGGCCUCGGGGUGCCGCUGGUGGUGGGGCUGAUGGAACGGGGGGAGAUCCCUUGUCCUCCUUGUCAUUGAUAACCUGCACCACACACAGUGAGAGUGAGCUUCCAUGCUCAUUUAUGUGUCCCCGUCGGCCUGUGUUCUCACAUUCUCAAGUUGUUCGGGCGGUGCAAAUCGGACCUUGACCUUCUUCCGCUUCUUGUGCCGCUUGGACGAGUCCCCUCCACUCUGCGACCGCGAGCUGAGGUCCUCACCCGAGUCAGCACUGACCCUCACGCCCUCCCUAGACGCGUCGCGCGACAUGUCUGCCGGCGCCUCCGAGGCCACGUAGUCUACGUCCAUGGCUGUAUACAGCACACAGAAAGGACACAGACACGCAUCUGCGGGUGUGUGUGCCCAUUCGUCUCACUCACAUGUGCCGCUGUUCCUUCUGGACCCGGCUGCCGCUGCUGCUGCUGCUGAUGACGGCCUCCUACUGGAGUUCCUCUGCAGUAGCCCUAUGUGCGGCGUCGACCCCUGUGACGCCACCCGGCCCGUCGGCGAGACCGACGGCGUGCUCUGCUCCCCAUCUCCGCCAUUCGCAGACACACUCGAGUGCACACUGCUGACGUGACUCAGCCCGAAGGCAAACGGCAACCGGUCGACGGCAAAUGAGGCCGGCAGGUCCAUCUCGCGCGGCAGCUCAGGUGCUGAGACCAUGGCGGCGGGGUGAGAUGGCUCGUCUGUGGGCAACGAGGGGGGCGUGACCUCGUGGGGGGCCAGCACGCUGGGAGAUGAGUUGAGCAAGCUGGACGAAGGUUGGUGAGAGGAGAGAGGGGGGCUGUCGGGGUUCAUUGGCCCUACACCACCAUUGGCAGCAGUGGCAGCAGGGGGGAGACCCAUCGACGUGGUCAGGACGGGGCUGGCGCGGCGAUUCAACUCGGUGUUCAGCAGCAAAAGCGGGUCGGGCUCCUCUUCAUCGUCUUCAUCUGUUGCCUCACCACCACCACCCCGGCUUCGUGUGCUGCCACGUUGCAGGGCCUGCCGCAAGAGGUCGGCCGUGUUGACGAAGUCGCCUUUCAACAGGUAACGGCGAGAAGAGUUACCUGAGGCACCCCCACGCAGAGAGAGAAAGCGGCAGGAAGAUGAGAAGACGGUCUGACACUUGGAGGACGGUUUACGCUCACUGACCGAGUCUCAGGGCCAUUCCCUGCUGGUAGAGUGUUGGCGUGCGUGCCUCCAGACGCAAACUGUCCAGAAACGUGCCGUGCGCUGCAUGGAUGAGGGCAUCAAGGUCACGGCAUAUGAGCGACUGAUGGACAGGUGAGGAAGGCCUUACUUGAUCCGAGGUCCAUGACGAAGACAGACCCAUUGUAAUGAUGCAGAAUGGCUGCGUGGCACCGACUCGUGGCUGCAACGCACACACGCAAAUGGCUAUUGGUGUGCUUCGAUGCGAUGCGGGGGUGGCAUCUGCCCUGUGCGCUGUGGCUGCUGACAGUCGUGCUCAGUAAUGAUGUCAUUCUCGGUCCUGUUGCGGCCGAUGAGGUAACACCUGGACAGACAGCCAGCCAGCCAGACGGACAGUCAGUCAGCCAUGCGUCCACAUCUGCAUCUCCAUCUGCCUGUGCGUGAGUGUGUGUGACCUCUUUUGGUUGAUAGGGAUUGUUUCUGUGUUUUGAUUGGCCUUCCACACCUCUGAAACAAACCAACACACAAAAACACAAAACAGCGUGAAUGAAUUUCGGUUGUGUUCUUCACAGAAAGGCCUCCUUGCCCCUUGGUCCUCACCGAGCCAGACAUUGGUGGCAGGGGUUUCGCACCACCGGGGCACUCUCAGCGUAGAUCCAGCCUUGCCGCCCUUCUGCUGUUGAUCCUCAUCCAUCUCUGUCCCAUUGAUCUCACCAGGGGCUCUGCGGCUCUCAUUGAUAGCGGCUGAAAGGGCUGACGACGGCUGGCUGGGCUCAGAAUGCAUCGUUUGCAGUUCACUCAGUCAUUGUGCAGCGUCACCGC